AUGCCAAGUGCCUUUUACAGUGAACUGGAAUCAUUAUCAUCAGAGUUUACAAAAAAUACUCAACAAGAUUGUAAUGAAUUCUUAUUAAGUUUGUUUAACAAUAUUGAAGAACCAUCAAUUUUAUCCGAAAUCUUUCGAUUUCAAAUUAAACGUGUCAGUCAGUGUGGAAAAUGCAAGUUACCAUAUUCUUUGUGCGAGCCUCAAUAUAUCCUUGAAUGUCCUGUAUCAGAAACAAAUGGUGAACUAUCGGAUUGUUUAAACAACUAUUGUAAAAAAGAGUGUCUAACUGGUAAUAAUGCAUAUUUCUGUGAAUCAUGUAACUCUAAACAGAGUCGCGAGACUAAAAUGGAAAUUUUCUCAGUACCAAAUGUUUUAUUAAUUUCACUAAAACGAUUUAAAGCAAAUGGUCUAGGAAAAUUACACUCGGCGGUGGCAUACCCAGAGUUAUUACAUAUCGACCAAUGGUUAAGUGAAGAUUGUCUGGUGAAGAUCACUGAAGAACAAAAAAGUUAUCAACUUUUCGCCAUCGUUAUUCAUGUUGGCGAUGAUAUGAAAGAUGGUCAUUAUAUUUGUUACGUAAAAAAUGAAUUCACAAACGAAUGGUAUGAAGCAAAUGACGACUCGUUUAGAAAGAUUGAUUUUGUAUUCGACAAGGAAAAAUCAGUCUAUCUUUUGUGUUAUGUACGAUCCGAUCUCAGUAUAUCAAUAACAGCUGACAACAUGAAAGAAAAACGUGUACCAGCAGCUGAACCAAUUGACAACCAAGAGAUACGUAUUACAGAUGGUGAGUAG